AUGUCGGCUCUCCUGGGAGAUCAGCUCUCUCCUGGUGGUAUUUGUGUCUGUAGCGCUGUGACACAGGAUCAGCUCUGGGUGCACAUGGAAACUGGAAGACUUCUGUCCCAGGCUGCUCUUCAGUUCCUGUGUCGAGAGGAGCUGGUGGAGGCUGGACAGCUGACAUGGCAGGUCCCCACCAGGCCUGUGUCCCAGCUACCUUCCUCCUCUAGGUGUGAAAAGUUCAGUAUGAACUCAGACAGGCCACAGACCAGGACCAGAGCCUCCUGCAGCCAGAGCUGCCUCAGCAAAUGUUCUGAUUGCCUUUCCUUGUCUUAUAGCACCUCUGAGGAGGAUGAAGGAAAACACAGACAACUUGAAUUCUUGGCAGUCUUCAGUCUGCGAUCAAGGCCUUCUCAAAAAAGCCACCUCCUUGUAGCUGAGAACUCAACAGUGAGUCAGAUAUCAACCACACCCAGAUCAAGUGCAGUGUCACAGUCCUGUAACAUCAGAACUCCCAGGCAGAGAUGGAUGUCUGCAAGUGCCAGGUGGCUUGGUCUACACAGUGAGUGUGAAAAGUUCAGUAUGAACUCAGACAGGCCACAGACCAGGACCAGAGCCUCCUGCAGCCAGAGCUGCCUCAGCAAAUGUGUUUACCAAUGGCUCAGCCAGGAUGUUUCUGAGUCUGAUUGCCUUUCCUUGUCUUAUAGCACCUCUGAGGAGGAUGAAGGAAAACACAGACAACUUGAAUUCAUGGGAGUCUUCAGUCUGCGAUCAAGGCCUUCUCAAAAAAGCCACCUCCUUGUAGCUGAGAACUCAACAGGCAGCCACUUGACCAUCAAUAAUAAUAAUAAUAGUAAUAAUAAUAAUAAUAAUAAUAAUAAUAAUAAUAAUAAUAAUAAAGACUGUGGGUGUUGCUGUUGUGGAUUCAGAUGCUGAGUUCUGUACCCCAAGAUCAGGUUGCAGUCUGGACAUGGGCACUGUAUUGACCAAUGUGCUGUAAAGAAUGCUAAUAAUCUCUGAUUGGGCAAUAAAAGGCUAGAGCCUGUGACUGGGCAGGAGAGAGAAGAAGGUGGGACUUGGGAUCAAGUACGGGGUCGCAGAUAGGGACCAUGAGG